GGAGAGUGCGUUAAAGGAGAAUGACGCGGACGGUUCACUGCGACACGCGGCUGUUCGAUCGUCCUCCUCCGGCGCUAUUUAUAUCCCUCGUCGCUUCUUCCUCCGCCUCAGCCACUCGCCUCCUAGGGUUUCCUGCUCUUCACGUUCCUCGUUCAACCCGUGUUAUUUUUGCAAGAAUCUUCUCCGAAAAAGGCUCUUCCUUGCCGUUCCAGACAGGAGAAUCGGGAACGUAUAGGCUCCGUAGCACCAGGUUCAUCAGGCCUUUAGAUCAUAUUGUUGAUGAAUUAAUGGAGUCAAAAGGUGGGAAGAAAUCCAGUAGUAGUAAUUCAUUACAGUACGAAGCUCCCCUCGGCUACAGCAUUGAAGACGUUCGACCGCACGGAGGAAUCAAGAAGUUUCAGUCCGCUGCUUACUCCAACUGCGUGAGGAAGCCCUCAAUGGCAUUUUCGACGAAUUACUCCCCUGACCCCCCGGUCUCUGCGAUUGGGUUCGAGGGCUACGAGAAACGCAUAGAGAUCACCUUCUCUGAGGCAUCCAUCUUUGCCGACCCUCGUGGCCAAGGACUGCGUGCCCUUUCUCGGGCACAGUUGGACUCUAUUCUGGACUUGGCACGCUGUACCAUUGUGUCUCAACUGGCGAAUGAUGACUUUGAUUCCUAUGUGCUAUCCGAGUCGAGCCUCUUCGUCUACCCCUACAAGAUCAUUCUGAAGACUUGUGGAACUACAAAGCUGCUUCUUUCCAUUCCUAGAAUCCUUGAGCUCGCUACAGAACUUUCGCUCUCCCUUCAGUCUGCAAAGUACUCCCGGGGGACCUUCAUUUUCCCAACCGCCCAGCCAUCCCCACACCGAAGCUUCUCGGAGGAAGUUAGUCUCCUGAAUGGUUUCUUCGGCAACCUCAAGUCCGGUGGUAAUGCCUACGUGAUCACUGAUCCAGCAAUGCCUAGCCACAAAUGGCACAUCUACUAUGCUACGGAGAAGCCGGAGAUGGCUAUGGUUACCUUGGAGAUGUGCAUGACUGGAUUAGACACUCAACGUGCAUCAAUUUUCUACAAGAAUUCUGUUGCUGCAUCUGCCCAUGAGAUGACCAAGAUCUCCGGGAUCUCCAAGAUCAUCCCUGAGAUGGAGAUUUGCGACUUUGAUUUUGAGCCAUGCGGUUACUCCAUGAACGGGAUAUGUGGUCCGGCGGCCUCUACAAUUCAUGUAACACCAGAGGAAGGUUUCAGCUAUGCGAGCUACGAGGCCAUGGGGUUCGACUCUCAGUUCCUGACCUACCAUGACCUGCUCGAGAGAGUCCUCACAUGUUUUGGCCCUUCUGAGUUCUCUGUGGCUGUCACUGUAUUCGGAGGACGCGGGCAUGCCCACUCUUGGGGAAAGAAAGUCGAUACCCAUGGCUACACGUCCAGUAAAAUCUUGGAACAGGAGCUGCCGGGUGGGGGAUUGCUGGUCUACCAGACCUUCUCUGCUUCCCCUGUCACUGCCACCUCGCCGAGGUCCAUCCUGCAUCACUGGGAAAGAGAAGAUCAGGAAAAUGCUGAAAAGGAUGAAGAUCGGUUUAUGAUUGGGAAGAAAGGAAAUGAUUAGAGUUAAAGUAUUGCAUUUGGACAGUUGGUGUGGUAUGGUAUUUUCUCCUUUUAUUCCCUCUUGGCUUAUUAGUAAAGCAGUCAGCCAGUAGCUUAUGCUUUUCCUAUGAUACUCUCCCUAUCUAUAUGCUCUAGCUCAUAAUAAAUGUUCUAGGUGGUUUGCUGCCAUGUCUUCCACAAUGAGCAAAAUGGUUGUAUCUUGCCAAAACUACUACUUGGCACUCAAUAAAGGUUCUUUAUUAAA